AGAAAUGCAAAGUCUUUAGUAUCACCAGAAAACGCUACCCAAUCGUUGCUGAAUACGUCAUCGAUGCCCAAGCUUUGCAGCACGUUCCCAGUCAGAAAGACCUUGGAGUGACAGUUUCUUCUGACCUUACAUGGACUAUCCACAUACACGAGAAGAUUACCAAAGCGAACCGUAUGCUUGGCAUGCUGAAACGUUCGACAGUUCAUGUUAGAAAUGCAAGCACUAGACGUAGUUUAUAUCUGGCAUUAGUCCGAUCUCACCUGGCCUAUGCGUCACAG